UGAUCGUCGAUAUUCGCCCUAAAUGAGAAGUUUUUAAAAAGAACAUAAUGGAAAUCAAUGAUGAACUUGAAGAUUCCCAACCUGAUGUGUUUUUUGUACCAUGUAUUAAGGUAGUGAAAAGAGGCAUCGCUGCAUCUAAAAGUAUUGCAGAUGGAGUAAAACCAAAUUUAAAUCCCCAAGUUUUUCAAGAAAUGUUUGGAGGUCCAUCAACAUCAGGUCAAAUAGAUGAUGACGACAGUGACUCUAAUGAAGAUGAUGAAAAAGUUUCAUCUCAACCGCAAUGUGAACCAUCACAACAAACUGGAAAAGAUGAAUUUAACUUUGACAAUUAUGACAAAGAAAAGUCCGAACAAGUCUUGAAGAUGUCAGAUAUUGUCGAGGUGACAGAAGAUGAUCGAAUAGGAGACUCAGAAAAUGACUCCGAUGCUGAGGAUGAUAUAAUUAAACUAUCAGACAAUCUUUGCCUUGUUGGAAGAGUUGAAAAAGAUUGCUCGUCACUUGAAGUUUACACUUUUAAUGAGGAAGAAAAUUCCCUUUAUGUUCAUCAUGAUUUUAUGUUGCCAUUUCACAUAUUAUGUGUUGAACCAUUCAGUUACGAUCCUGGAAGUCAACAACCUGGAAAUCUUUGUGCUAUUGGAGGAAUGGAGCCAAUAAUCCACAUAUAUGAUUUAGACAUUCAUCAACCAUUAGAACCUGUCAUGGAAUUAGGAAAGAAACCAAGUAAGAAAAAGAAUAUCAAAAGAAUCGGUCACAAGGAUGCUGUUCUUGACUUGGCAUGGAAUCCAAACUUUCAACACAUUCUCGCCAGUGCUUCUGUCGAUCAAACUGUAAUCUUAUGGGAUCUGGAAAACGCAACACCAUCAACUAUUCUCAAAGACUUCGCUGAGAAAGUUCAAACGUUAGAAUUCAAUCCGUCAGAAGGAGAAUAUCUUUUAACUGGAAGCAGCGACAACACAAUCAAACUUUUUGAUUGCCGUCAAAGCGACAACGAAGGAUCUCAAUACAAGCAAUGGAUCGUCGAAGGAGAAGUUGAAAAAGUUAAAUGGAAUCCCAAUGAAAAAUAUAAUUUUGUAGCUGGAACUAACACUGGUAAAAUUCAUUACUUUGAUUCACGAACAACGGAGCCACUUUGGACAAUUGACGCACAUGAGAAGGAAAUAACAGACUUUGGUUUCAAUAAAACUGCACCUAACAUGCUUACAUCGUCGUCUGUUGAUUGUCUGGUGAAAAUAUGGAAAUACGACUCAACAUCAUGUCAUCCAGUUCAUUCACAUCAUUUUAAACUUGGAAGAAUUCAUUGUCUUGCUGAAAUUCCUGAAAAUAAUUUUAUAAUUGCACUCGGUGGUGACAAGAAAAAAAUGAAUUUCAUGGUCACAAAUCUAAUUGAUUUAGAUAGCGUUAAAAGUACUUUUACAAACGAACCUGUUACUGGAUCAACACAGGAAGUGACGAUGGACGACGACAGCGAAUAA